UUUUAUCGAGGGGUGUUUAUAUUUUUUUUCUUCUUCGCUAGUCAAGUGAAAUUUUCUUCUUGUGAAAAAAUGUGAAAUUUUCAAGGAAAUAUUGUUAAGAAAAAUAUUAUAAAAUAAUAAUAAGAGUGCUAAAGGUGCAUUUAUUUCAAUAAAACACAAAAUGUUCCACAUAAAAAGCAUAUAAAAAGCAAACGUAAUCCAAAAAGGCUGCUUAAAAAAUUGUGUAAAAAAAUUACAAUAAAGAAAAAAAAUCUCCAACAAGAAUUAAGGAAAAAAUCAAAAAAAGAAAAAAGUAUUUAUGCGUGUAUGUAAAAUAAAAGGAAAAUAUAUUGUCGAUUAAGGUGCUGCGCCUAUUUUUCUAUUUACCAAAAUAGAGUUAAUUUAAUAAGGAAUUUAAUUUUCAUAAAUAAAUUAUAACCAGUAAAAGAAAUCUAAGCAAUACCUGAAAAAAUAAAAUGUUAAAAGAAGCAAGCAAAUAAUAAAAAAUACACAAAAAGUGUUUUACAAAAGAAAAUAAAAAAAAAAAAAAAAUGGUGACAAGUGGAUUGUAGAAAAUCAAGCAGAGCUGAAGAAAUACAAGAAAAAAUAGGAAAAUCAACAGAAAUUGAAAAUGUCAAUUUCAUUUAACAAAAUCUAACAUAUUAUUUUCAUUUAAAAGACUAACAUUCAAGAAAACUGUACCAUAAAAACAGCGAUAACCAUGUUAAUAUUGCUUUUAUAGUUGCUACUUUUUCUAGAAAAAUAAACCCAAUUAAAGUUUAAAUUCAAAUUAACACAAACGAGAAAAGAAAAAAAAAUGUUUUGAUUAGAAUUUAAGUUUUGCAACACAAGCAAAGUGUGUGGAGAUUAGAAACCGCGUUUGCUCUAAACAAACAACAAACUACGUCAUAAGGUUUUCUAAUCUCUUGCUGACUGCAUCAUCAACGCACCACAAAAUAGCCAACAACAAUCAACACACUCACAAUGGGUGCCAAUGCAUCGACUGGCAAUUAUCCGCCUGUAAUGACAACAUCACAAGGUCAUUCAUCUGGCGGUGGUAUGCCACCGGGUGCAAGUACUAGUUCAAGUUUAUUACUGCCCAGCACAGGGGCCAAUUCAUUGCUGUCCGCCUCUCUGGGUGGGCCAGGCGGUGGUGGUCCCCAUUUUCGGGAACAACGACGCAAACGUGUUACGGGUUUUGCCACCCUCAAGCGUAAAUUCAUAAGACGACGGCGUUCUUCAAAAGCCUGUGAUCAUGCAAGAGUGCUGAGAGAUUUUGUUUCGGACUGGACACCGCUAGAGUUGGCGGCAUUGUGUGAAGAAUAUGAAGCAUUGGCCGCUUUAAGAGAUUUAUCGAUGCAAGCCGAGUUGGCUCGUCCACCUGCUACCACUUACAAACAAGAUCUUGCUGCUCUUUUUGAGACGAAGACUUGUACAGACUGUGAUCUCGUCUUCCGUGGCGCCAUAUUUCCCGUGCACCGCUGCAUACUCUCAUCUCGUUGCACCUACUUUCGUGAUCUUUUAGCCGGUUGUCCCGGCUUCGGAGCUCGUAUUUGUCUCGAGCUACCCACCUCACCCAUUGAUGUUCAAAUGUUUGCCUCCCUACUGCGAUAUCUCUAUACGGGGGACUUGUGUCCCCACGAUGCCAGCAUGGAUAUUGGUUUGCUGCGCCAGCUGGGUGACGAUUUUGGUACACCCAAUCCCCUGGAACAUGAUUUACGUUAUCUGCUUGAAACGGGAGAUUAUGCUGAUGCUGCAUUGGUUUUUACUUCCGAGAAUGGUGGAGGCGGUGGUAUUAGUGGCUCCUCAGCAAUGGGUGUUGUGGGUUUGGGCAGUGAAUACAAUCGUCCGGAUUCGGGGAAUUCAGAAUAUGGGUUUCGGCCGAAACUGGAAUUACCUUGCCACAAAGCUAUAUUAAGCGCGCGAUCGCCUUUCUUUCGGAAUCUCAUAGCUAGACGAACACGUAAUAUGGAUGCUGAAUAUGCAGAGCGUGCUUUGCAUGUGCCGACACGUAUUGUGUUGGAUGAAACCGUGAUACCAAAACGUUAUGCUCGUGUUCUUUUACAUGCCAUUUAUUUGGAUACCGUAGACUUAGCAUUAAUUUUAAGGGGAGCAAAUUCGGGAACAGCAGCGGCUGGUUCGCUGGGUGAAGUGCAUGCAUUGACGGCUGGUAGAACACGGCCAACGCCUCUAGAGGAGGCUAUGGAACUAUAUCAAAUUGGUAGAUUUUUAGAAUUGGAUAUUUUAGCACAAGGUUGCGAAGAUCUCAUAUUGGAGUGGCUGACAUUAGAUACUCUGCCAACGGUGCUCAAAUGGGGGAGUCAGCCCCAUGGUUCUGCGUGGGUUUUCCGCCAAGCUUGCCAAUAUUUACGCGAAGAAUUCUCUGCAGUCAUCUCAUCACCUGUUUUGCAUCAACUCGAUAAAUCGCAACUCAUACAUGUUUUACAAUCUAAUUUUUUACAAGCUUCCGAAUUGGAAGUCCUACAGGCUGUACUCAAAUGGGGAGAACAAGAACUCAUACGACGCAUGGAAGAUCGUGAACCCAAUCUAUUGUCGCACACUGCCCAUUCGGUAACAAGAAAAGGUGUCAAGAAACGCGACCUUAGUGAUGUAGAACUCAGAGAAAUUCUCUCUGAUCUUUUGCCCUUAGUGAGAAUGGAUCAUGUUCUACCGCCAAACAGUGAAGUGCUGGCCCAGGCAAUACGUAGGGGUCUAGUGAGUACACCGCCUUCUCAUAUGAUCGGUGACGAACGGGAGAAUUUACGUAUCAAUGCCUGGAUUAGGGGAGGAAAAAAUCAGGGUCUGUUCGUAAGACCACGCCUGUUUAUGCCAUAUUUUGAAGAAGUUAAAGCUUUGCUGGAGGAUCGCAUGACUUCGUCACAUCAUCAAGCUGAACUGAUGAGAAUGCGACGUUCUCGACAAAUGCCUGACAUACCUGAUACUCUGUAUAUGGUUUCUAGAAUGAAUGCAGCUUCGAAUAGUGGUGUCGGCAAUACCGGUGUGGGUACGGGCACGGAUACUGUAGAUAUUCUAGCUGCUGCCGCUGCUAUACCACCUCCCGAUACACAAACCUUGGCCGCUAUGCUGAAACGCGAACAUAAACUUAGGCAAUCACCCAUGUGCCAGAGGGCUUUACAUCUGCCUCUUUCGUCCAAACAUGAAAUCGAUAGACAAAUACGUUUACGUGUAGUUAGAGAGUUUAAUCUACCCGAUGCUGUAUCGGAUCUACUAGAGACAUCACUACUCAGCAAUACCCGCAAUGUUCAAGAUGAAGUACAAAAUAUGGCCGAUUCGACGACCACGGUACAGUCCGUAGACGACUGCUGUUUGCUGGAGGACGAUGAUCAGUCGCCACCACCCUCGCCAGCAGCGGCUUCGGCCGGCUCAGUACCCAGACACUCGGCCAUGGGCGCUAGUUAUCUGUCGUCUUCGGUGGGCUCUAAUGCGGGCUCAACGUCAUGUGGUGCUGCCUCAACGUCGGGAGCCGAUGGUUUACCUGCCUGCUAUACCAGAAAUUUAACAUUCCCACGACAACAUGCCGCCGGUUUGUUGGGCUUAGGCUUUGGUUCUGGUGUGGGCAUGGGCUCAGGUCUGCCACACAAUUUCGCUAGACUUUCAGCGUCAGCACAUCAUCGCAAUGACUUGCCUGCCCUCAUAACCGAAGGUGAUUAUCGUGGUUUUGCACAUGGCAGUGCAUUGGGACUGGACAUGGGCGGCGCUGAGGGUGGUGCCAUGGGUUGUUCGGAUGGCCCAAAUGCUGGCCAUCUUUCGGAUAUGAUGCCGGAUGUUGCCAUGGCCACAGCUUCGUUGGGCCAACUUCAUUUAGCUAAUGCUAGUAGUUCGGCUAGUAGUACGAACGAUAUGCCCGAGUCUUUGCAAUUGGAUUUGGGCGAUGGUUCCUCCCAUAUGAUGGGUGCUGGAGGAGCGGCAGCAGCAGCGGGACCAAUGGGAGGUUUGCGGGGACUACAGCAUCAGUUACCUCCAAAUAGCUAUCAUCAUUUUAUGCAACGUUCAAAUUCACCCUUUGAUGUCCUUCGUCAGGGACAACAUUCACCGGCACCUGCACCACAACAACAUCCACCACCUGGGACGUACAAUACAGGACCACCACGUUUCUUAUAGAGUUUGCGUGUGGCCCCCGAUGAGGGCCUUUAUUUUAGCAUGCCUUUUUAAUACAAAACAAAACCAACAAACAAAAUUAAACAAAUAACAAGCACAAAAAAACAUUAAAAAAGUAAUGAAACAAAUAAAACAACCUUAAAAAAACUAAACCACCACCAAACACCCCUUUUAUUAUGAUUAUUAUUAUCUAAACUACUAUAUUAACAAGCUAAAAUAAAGUACACGCGCUCAAUUUACUCUAUAAGAAUUAGAAAUGUCUUCUAAAUCUGUUACUGUAACAUAAAAACUUUAGUUUCA